CUCGACUAUAAAACCCUGCCCUACUGUCAGGACCCUUGGAUACAUCAGCCUAGACUACGCACAAACCCCGUCUCUUUAUAAACGAUUGCAACCAUGGCACCAGGAAAGUGGGACGACGAAGAAGAAGGCAGCUCUCCUCCUACCUCGCCACAGGUAGCGCCUAUCGCCCGCCGCAGCAAAUUUGACGACGAAGAAGAAGAUGACGAUGUACUAGAUUCAUGGGACGCUGCGGAGGACUCAGAAGUCGAGCGCGAGAAGGCAAAGAAGGCCGCCGAGGCAAAGGCAAAGGCAGACGCAGAAGCAAAGGCAAACCACAAGUCCAAGGCGCAGCGGAUCGAGGAGCACAGGCAGGCAGCACUACGCCGGCGGCAGAUGGAAGAGGAUGGUGAAUCUGAAGAGGAAGAGACCGAGGCCGAGCGCCGCGAACGAAUGCGCCAGGCAGAGCUUGACGCCUCGCGCGCCCAAGCCGAGGAACUCUUUGGCGACUUGAGCGUCAGCAACAAGACCCGUGCUGGCAAGGCCAUCACCGUCACCGACGAGAGCAACCCGGGCAAUGCCAUCGACCUGUCCUCACUCUCCAUCUUCAAUCCCAACACAAAAGACCAGUUCACCAAGCUCCGAGAGACACUCACACCUCUGAUUGCUGCCAACUCUAAGAAGGGACAAUACUCGCUUUUCCUGCAGGAGUUUACCAAGCAGAUCGCCAAGGACCUGCCGAGUGAGCAGAUCAAGAAGAUUGCAUCCGGCUUGACCACACUGAGCAACGAGAAGAUGAAGGAGGAAAAGGCUGCUGAGAAGGGAGGAAAGAAGACAAAGGCGGCAAAGACCAAGACUACGCUCAACGCGAGCAGAGACGUUGGUGUCAGGGCAGACACGAGGGCAUAUGAUGAUGAGGACUUUGGAGAGUGAGUCAUGUCGGAUUCCGUAGGAGUCCUAGAGGUACUAACAUAUGUACAGUGACGAUUUCAUGUGAGGCACGACGACGCUUUAUAUUCACACGCCUUCCCCCGUCGCAAUCUCCUCUCGAGUGCGAGACGAUCACAUCCUACCGAACCAUCCGGUAGUCUGGAGUCG